UCACAUAGAGUAGCGGAAAGAUUACGUAGCAUUGAAUUUUUGUAUUAGGAUUAUUAUUUAAAGGAAUUGCACAAAACAAUGGUUAGGAAAUCGGAGCGGCAGAUAUGACUCUUCUGGGACCCAACGUAAGCGAGGUUGGUUUGCGGUUGCUUCUUUGUCCUCUUGGUUCUAACAUUGUAAUACGGACAGCUUGCUGUUCUGUUGGGAUUGCUUUACCUGUGUACUCUACGUUCAAGGCAAUUGAAAGGAAAGAUCAAAAUGAGCAACAAAGGUUGCUUUUGUAUUGGGCAGCUUAUGGAUCUUUCAGCAUCGUGGAAGUCUUUUCUGACAAGCUUCUUUCUUGGUUUCCUUUGUACUACCAUGUGAAGUUUGCAUUUCUUGUUUGGCUUCAACUUCCAUCCACUGAUGGGGCCAAGCAAUUAUACAUGAACCAUCUACGUCCAUUCUUCUUGCGGCAUCAAGUUAGAAUUGAUCAAAUUAUGGGUAUUGCAUAUGGUGAAAUGCUUAAACUUAUAAGCGCACAUCAAACGGAAAUUCAGUUCGCUAGGAAUGUGUUUGUGAAGAUUAUGGGUGCAGCGGACCAAAUGUUAAGAGGGGCUAUGAAGCCCGAUCAACCUCGACAGAACACUGCAAUUGAAGGCCCGUUAAGAUCACCAGAUACCCACUCAGAUCAUCAUAACGAUUGAUUUCUUCUUGUAAGCGUGCAUAAAACUGAAUCAUUUUUCCCUGCCGAUGAAUAUAGUCAAUGAAGCUUGUAGCUGGUAUCACUCUUUUUCAUUUCCUUGCAAGAUGAAGGACCCUUCUGCUGUAUCUUAUCCAGGUGAUAGGUGGAUUAAAACUCGUAUAUAUUUGUUUUACCCUGUAAUAACACUUCAUUUUGUUUAUGUUUUUAUUUCUUUUGUGGUCUGUACUAAGAACAUCUUGAUGAUUAUGGAAGUGAGAAAAUCAAAUUU